GGAUUGAAGAUGUCCGGGCGUGGAAAGGGAGGAAAAGGAUUGGGAAAAGGGGGAGCAAAACGUCACCGUAAGGUUCUCCGUGAUAAUAUUCAGGGUAUUACUAAGCCAGCUAUUAGGCGAUUGGCACGUAGAGGAGGUGUUAAGCGUAUAAGUGGACUAAUCUACGAGGAGACACGUGGUGUGUUGAAGAUAUUUUUGGAGAAUGUGAUACGUGAUUCUGUUACUUAUACUGAGCAUGCUAGGAGGAAAACUGUUACUGCUAUGGAUGUUGUUUAUGCAUUGAAGAGGCAAGGAAGGACUCUCUAUGGAUUUGGUGGUUAGAAAAAGGGACUCGAAAAGUCUUGCUGUCAAGAAAGAAAGUUAUGGGCUUUUAUUUUGUCUUUCGUUUGGGUUGGUGUGUUCUGUUUUGUUGUAAUUAGUAUGGUUUUGGGUAGGGAUAUAGGAGUAGUGUUGGUUGUUUUGUAAGUUGUUGAAAAUUGAUUUUAAUGAAUACUACUGAACAAUUUAAGUCC